AUGAAGCACAUCCUAGCGCUACCCGCCAUACUGCGCACAUCGAUACUACUAGCCACAGCAUCUCAGAACAGCUUCAGCCCGAACGAUGAUCUACUCGCGUUCCCACAGUUCGAUGUCAAGUUCACUGAGUCUUACUCGCUAGAGCAAGAUGCGCGGUCGAAGCUUGAGAGCAACAACAGACUGCAUUUGGAACAAAAAACCACGAUUGAGGACGAUCUGCGGCAGCCACCUCCUGCUCAAGUCCAGCGCUACGAAGGCACAAGUGUACCAGACGAGACCAAGGAGGAACUGCGGCUCGAAUACGAGUAUAUGAUAUUAGAUGGGCAACGUUAUGUCUGCAGUGUGCCGCAGAUCAAGCCCACGCCACCCUCCACAGGCAACGACACCCUGACGAAGGCUGAAGAGGAGAAGGAGCUUGCACGAGCAACGGACAGAGGAUGGGAGUUGUUAUCUGGUAUGCAUGGCAACUGUGUCUACUUCAUCAGUGGAUGGUGGAGUUACAGUUUCUGCUAUGGCCACGGAGUGAAGCAGUUCCAUCAGUUACCACCCAGCCGUGGUGUACCUCCUUUCCCACCGGUAGAAGAUCCGACAGUGCCAGGAUUUGAGCUGGGUAAGUAUUCAAACAACACUGAGAGAGCGAACGCGGUGGCCAAAGCCGGCAAGAGACAGGAACCGCCCGAGGAGGAAAGUGAUGUCGAUAGGGCACUUGAUGUAAGCGAAGGUGUAAAGGCGAAGCACUCGUAUGGCGGGCUGGGGGAGCUUGUGCAGAGAGGGGAGAGCAGGUACUUGGUGCAGAGGCUCGGGAAUGGCACGACUUGCGAUCUGACUGGCAAGGAGAGGACUAUCGAGGUGCAGUUUCAUUGCAAUCCACAAUCCUCUGACCGCAUUUCUUUGAUCAAGGAGACACGAUCUUGCGCAUACCUCAUGGUCAUCCAAACACCUAAGCUUUGCAGCGAUGUCGCGUUCUUGCCACCACAGAAGGAUCAGCCAAACACGAUUAGUUGUUCGCCAAUCUUGGCCGAAGAUGAAGUGGAAGAUUACGAGCGAGAUCUGAAGGCUAUGAAGAGUGCAGAGAAGGAGGCGAGGGUAUGGGAAGCCAAUGCUGAUGCAGCCGCUGCGCUCGGAGUGACGACAGAGGACAUGCAGACAGUGCAGAUCGUGGGUGAUAUCAUCGUCGGCGGCCAUGCCCUUGUGCCUGAAGGGACGAGGCUUGAGAAGAGUGCAAUCGUUGGUGGUGGCAAGGAGACUUAUGUGGACACGAUCGCGUCUUCGGAAAAGGGUGUGAUCAACCAGGAGGAUCUCAAGAAACUUGGUGUUAAUGAUGCGAAAGCGAUAGAGGAGCUCAAGAAGCGACUUGAGAAUAUAGCUGAUGGACAGCAAUGGAAGCUGGAUGUCAUCGACACGCCGAGAGGACGAGAGUAUCGUGGCAUCAUAGGCGACGAUGACGAAGCCGCGGAAGGUGCAAAGGAGGGCGUAAAGGACGGUGCCAAGGAAGGCACCAAGAAGCAGAAGAAGUUGAAGCAGAAGAAGCCAAAGGGUGGUGAUGAUGAUGGCAGCGAAGAUGAGACUGAGGAGGAUUCGCAGGAGGAGUACUAUCAUGAGGAGUUAUGA